AUGUCGGUUGCCAAUGGCGCAUCCAGAACGCGUCAGAAUUUCCAGAAAGUCAUUUCCACCCACACCGUAUAUAUGAAGCGCUGUUCUGGGCGCUCUUUGGAUCUGAAAACAGUGGCUUCCCUGAUAGAACCGGAACAUCUCGAACUUAUGAAGGCGCAAAACGGAGGUCUGCAAACCCUACUGCGUAACCAACACCAAACUUUCCAAGUUACAAAAGGUAGGGUACAACUUCGCUGGUUGCCAGAAAGGAUGGCAAGUAGUGUACACAAUGAAGCGGGCGAGGUUGAACCCAAACGGAAGAAAGCCGCAGCCGAGAAAAUGAAAACCAGACUCUGUUGGAUGCUCCAAAAUCAUCCAGACGGUUGUCCAUACCCUUCGUUUUUGUGUGACUUCGCACAUUUUGAAGGACCUGGCCAAUAAGUCAUAUUUCGCUGUCACAUUGCCUGUACAUAAAACAUUAGUAUUGGCGG